UCGAUCCCUUCAUUUCUUAGCCCUUCUGACAUCCUACACUUCGUUUCCUUUCUUGCAUUCCUUAAUCUCCUCAUGAUGGCUUUCAUGACACGAUUCACUCUCAUUUUGGUCAUCAUCACUCUCUGCAGUUUCACGUUGGCUUUACCGACCGGACCCUUCGACCAGCUCCAGUCGCGUGCCCCAUCAACCUGUAACGGUAUCAAGGACCAGAACGGGAAGGGACAAUGCAAUGCAUGUGCGGCUAAUCCCCUAUGUGCUUUCGACCGAACUACUCUGCAAUGCAUCCAGAGGCCGACAGUUCUCAAUGCAAACUUCAUCACUAACCCUGCGCAGUGCCUACCGAUUGGGAAUUUUCUGGCUAUGAACCCUACCCCGACCGAACGGACUGCUGUAGACCGUGAAUUCGCGAGAAUGCAAGAUCAUAUUUUCGUUGGGGACGCGACGGACCCUACAUCUGGACGACACACCCGAACAGCUUUCAGGCAAGCAAAUAACGAUGCUGGUCGAUGCAGUUCAGAGACAAGAUUAUGCGCUUUCCGGCUGGAUAAGCCGCAACCAAAGACCGUCUGGGACAACACUGCGGGUGGUGGUUACACUCCAGCUGAUAUCACCGAUAUUUGCAAGAUGACCAUCCUCUUUAACAAGCGAAACAAUUUCAACGCGAGAUCAACUGCUUCGUUUGUCGUACAGACCAAGUUCAAUAAGCCGAUCUGCGUCACCCAUAUUGUUACUAAUACCAAUCUACCCUCGUGUUUCCCUAACGGCAUUCACCCGCUUGUUAACCCGACGAUUGGUUCUUCAUGUGCGGGCACCGGCGUUGCUGCUAGGGUUGGUGUCACAACAGAGGUGGCGAGGGGAAGUGCGAUUUGAUUAUAGGUAGAAUGUCUGGAUGUAUGUAUGUGGUGUGAUUUUCGACCGACCAGUCCUCGGUCCUGGAAUAUAUAUUCCGUUCAACACAA